ACUGCUGAACUUUCUUGCUAAAUUCAUCCUCACAUAAGGUAGAUCUGCCAUGGUUAAAACUCGAGGUGGUGGUGUCGGCAGGACGAAGAGAGCACUCCGUUCAGAUGUUCAUGUUAUUGUGUCGCCGAGUAAAACUCCUUCUCAAUCUAAUAAGGAUAAUGAUGAAGAACUAGAUGAUGAACAAGAUGAGACUAUUGUGAAGAAGACAAAGAAGCCUAUGAAUUCUAAACCACCUGUGAAAGCUCUUGUAAAGAAGAAGACAGAAUGUUCCAAAAUACAUGUAGAACCUUCUAGGGCUCUUGUUGUUAGUGGUGAGAAGAGAAAGAAAGGUCAAGAUGUUAUCAAGGUACAAGCUAAGCAAAAGAAGAGGAAGGUCAAGAAUGAAAAGUUGUGCUUCUUUGAUUGUGGAGAUCCGUUGGCUGUUGAAACCGAUGGAAAUUUGCUACCAGCGAUUGAACAGCAACUACCGAGAUACUUCCGGCGAAAUUGGUGAGGGGCGCCGACCGCCGUCGCUACGACACUGCCUGAGCCAGAUGCCAGUUGCCCAGUUCGCCUUCUUCGGCUUCGCGAAUCGCGACCCAGGCUGCCAGAAUUCAAAGCUUGUAUAUAUAUAAGCAGAAUUCGAAUUAAAUGGGAGACAAAGAGGUCUUAAAGUAUAAGGAUAUUGUUUUGCGAGCUUCAGAUCUGGACACACUACGAGGACCGUGCUUCCUCAAUGACCAAAUCAUUGCAUUCUACUUCAGUUAUCUGCUCUCGUCCAGCAAAAGUGAUGAUAUCCUGUUUGUUGAACCUUCAAUAUCUGUCUGUCUUGCAAAUUGCCAAGAUGAUAAGUUCAUUGAAGAGUUUGCUCAGUCUUGCAUUAUGUCAAGCAAGAGACUGGUCCUUUUUACUGUAAAUGACAACGAUGAUUUUGAUGGGGGUGGCGGAAACCAUUGGAGCAUUCUGGUGUAUGAUAGGACGAAGAAUUCAUUUUUGCAUUAUGACAGCAUGGAGGGAGUGAAUAGCUUUCAUGCCAUGAAACUGUACGAUGCGAUUAAGGAAUACAUGGGUCCAGGUGGUCAAGUUUCAAGGCCUCACAUCUCAUCAUAUUCACUAAAGAAACAGAAGAAUAAGAAGAAAAACAUAAGUUAUGUAUCCAGACCUCUUGGACGUGCAGAACCUGAAUCAGUUGCUGCUACCGCACCUGCUGUUUCGCCCACUUUCAUGGAAUGCAAGACCCCUCAGCAAUCAAAUGGAUAUGAUUGUGGUCUCUAUGUGUUAGCCAUUGCUAGGGCAAUCUGUCAAUGGUGCUCAGAUGAACUUAACGAGAGUGACGUAAUUUCAGCAAUAGAGAAGCGUGUUGAUGAUUCUGUUGAGCUGAAAAUGCGAAGUGAGUUGCUGGAGAUCAUACAGGAUUUGAUUACCGACUCAGUUGCCUCUAUCUAAAGUAGGAAUUCGUUACUAACUUCCGCGAAUAGUAGUUUUUCUUUAAACCAGUUUUUGGACCGUACAUAGUGCACCGAAAGUUUUUGUUUAUUUGACAUACUAUAAAAUAUUGAUUGACUAUUUUAUUUCGAGAACUUCUUUGAUGAGAAGGGUGUAUUAUAAAUUAUUGUGAGACAGGGGUUAACUUUUUGCCUUAAAUGGCUUAUUUAGGUAUAAAGUUACCUCUCAAAUCAAAAUAGCGUUUUACUUUCAA